AUGUCUGCUCCAACAACCAUCACCGUGGUGGAGCCCGCUCCCCCCCGCUUCCACAUCUUUCCCAACGAAGUGCUGUACAAGAUAUUCGCGUACGCCCUUCUCGAUCCCAAGGGGCCCGUCAAUGCCAAAUGGUUCUACUUCAUGGUCAAGGUCGGCAUGUUCUCCAAGCUUCUCCGCGCCUCCCGACAAUUUGCCGAGCUUGCAAAGUUGGUCUUCUACGAAGUCAACGAAUUCGACUUUUCUUACAAGUUCCCGGAUCACUGGACUUGCUACAAGGUUCCUAGAGGCCCACCCUUGCCCCCUAGCUGGACGUUCGGCCUGCUUCGCCGCAUCAAGCUCCAGAUCCACCUCGCCGAUUCAUGGCUUCAACCCAUUGUCCGCACUCGCGGCAUCUGCCACCGUACUCCUCCGCGCACCGUCCACUUCUUCCAAUCCGCCAUCGAGCUUCUCAACUUCUGCCCCGGUGCACGCAUCCUCCAGUUCCUCACUUACGACAUGACGGCACUCAAGGUCCUCGAUCUCCACAUCGUCGAGAACUUUCGCAAUGAGGAUAUCCAGGCGUCGCUGGAUGUGUAUCGCUCUGCUUGCUUUGCGGUGCGUGUUGCAGAGUUGAAGCUGGUGAUUACCAAUAUCGAACGUCAUCCUGAUGAGCCGGAGUCGGUUGAGGCCAAGGCGUGGUAUCCUGAGCUACGAAGGGCUAUCGGCUUGUAGAGGGUCAUGAGUGGUUGUGGAUGAUGUGAACAACAUGGAGGAUAUGGGUGGUAUGAAUGUUCAUGGAGAGUAAUGUCUGAUGGUAAUGGUAAUGGUAGCAUAGCUAG